GAAGAAGAAGAAGAAGAAGGAGAUGAUGGAAUUACAUCAUUAGCCAAGAAGCCACCAGUGAAGAGGAAGAGGAGAAGGUACAGAAAGCAAUACCCAGGUGAGAAAAAGGGUAUUACUGAAGAAAUGAGGUUUGUUGCUAUGAAACUUCGUAACUUCAAGGCCAAAGACAGUUCAUCCGAGAGUGAGAAUGGGUAUGAAUCAGCUUCCUCAGGAGAGGAUAAUAAUAAUAUAGGUGGCGAUGGGGGUAGUGAGGAGACUUGGAAGCCAAGUAUAGAAGGGUUUCUCAAGUAUCUUGUUGAUAGCAAGCUUGUUUUUACUACUAUUGAGCGCAUUGUUGAUGACUCCAGUGAUGUUUCUUAUGCCUACUUCAGAAGGACUGGAUUGGAGCGAGCAGAAUGUAUAUCGAAAGACCUAGAUUGGUUUAGCCAACAUGGCUAUGAGAUUCCUGAACCGAGCAAUCCUGGAGUCAGUUACGCCAGUUAUCUGGAGGAACUGGCAGAAAAGACUCCUCCUUUAUUUCUCAGCCACUUCUACAACAUAUAUUUCUCGCACAUAGCAGGAGGUCAAGUCAUAGGCAAAAAG